UAAAGAUGGCGGACUCGUCGGGGACCGAGCUGUCAGAGGGAAAAGAAAUAGAAAUUGAGCUGAGAAAAAGAUCGAAAAGACCCUGGGAGGAAUUUCACAAGUCGGGUAAGAUCGGUGUGACCCCGGAGCUGCCAGAGACGUUGGGAUUUUACGACAUUAGCGCUGUCAGGAGGGAGCAGCAGGACCUCUCAGCAGAUCCAUCGUUGACACGCUUCAUUUGCGCAGAACUCACCAGAGGUUACUUCCUGGAACACAAUGAGGCAAAGUAUACAGAACGCAGGGAGAGAGUUUACACAUGCAUGCGCAUUCCCAAGGAGCUGGAGAAGCUGAUGAUCUUCGGCUUCUUCCUGUGCGCGGAUGCUUUCCUGUACGUCUUCACUCUGCUGCCCCUCAGGGUGCUGCUGGCCCUGCUCCGUCUCCUCACCCUGCCGUGCUGUGGUUUCAGCGGGUCGCGCCUGCUGCAGCCAGCGCAGGUCUGUGAUGUGCUGAAGGGCCUGAUCCUGGUGCUGUGCUUCUCCAUGAUGCAUUACGUGGAUUACUCCAUGAUGUACCAUCUAAUACGAGGACAGUCUGUUAUCAAGCUGUACAUCAUCUACAACAUGCUGGAGGUUGCAGAUCGCCUCUUCUCGUCCUUUGGUCAAGACAUCUUGGAUGCUCUGUACUGGACAGCCACGGAACCCAAAGAACGGAAAAGAGACAACAUAGGAGUCAUCCCUCACUUCCUGAUGGCCGUCUUUUACGUCUUCCUUCAUGCCAUCCUCAUCAUGGUCCAAGCUUCAACUCUUAACGUCGCCUUCAACUCGCACAACAAGUCUCUGCUCACCAUCAUGAUGUCCAACAAUUUUGUGGAGAUCAAAGGAAGCGUUUUCAAGAAAUUUGAGAAGAACAACUUAUUCCAAAUGUCCAACAGCGAUAUCAAAGAACGCUUCACCAGCUACGUUCUGCUGCUUAUUGUUUGUCUCAGGAAUAUGGAGCAGUUCUCAUGGAAUGCAGACCACCUGUGGGUGUUGCUCCCUGAUGUCUUCAUGGUCGUCACCUCAGAAGUGGCGGUCGACGUCAUUAAACACGCUUUCAUCACAAAGUUCAACGACAUCACUGCAGAUGUGUACAGCGAAUACAGAGCCAGUUUGGCUUUUGAUCUUGUCAGCAGUCGGCAGAAGAACGCUUACACCGACUACAGUGACUCAGUGGCCCGGAGGAUGGGUUUCAUCCCUCUACCGUUGGCUGUUCUGCUUAUCCGAGUGGUGAUGAGUUCAGUGAAGGUGCAGGGAGCACUGUCGUACACGUGCAUGCUCCUCUUUUAUCUCGGGCUGGUGACGCUGAAAGUGCUGAACAGUAUCGUGCUGCUGGGGAAGUCGUACAUUUACGUCAAGAGAGCCAACAUGGAGGACAAACUGUUCGAGAAGCCCUCCGCUACCGCGUCGUCUGCAAAGACCCCCAGCAGAGCUGACCUGGCCAAAUGUCGCACACCUUCAGGUGAAUCCAAGGUGGUGGUGAGUCCGGCCUCGCCCUGCAGCCCCCCGGCACCACCACCCUCCUCCUCCUCCUGCUCCUCCUCCGUCACCACCCAGCCGGCCCCCAGGACUGACCUGUUCCCCUCCCUGCUCACCGAUGCUUCCUCCCCCGGAGCCCCCGCCGACCCUCCUCCUGCUCCAUCACCUCAACCCGAACUCCAACCGCCCGCAGCCUCAGUCUCCGAGGAAGAGGAAGAGGAAAGCGAGCCGCUCGAGGCCUCGGAAACAAAGCACAGAACUGCCAACAAAGACCUGCUGGAGAUCGACCGCUUCACCAUCUGCGGCAACCGGAUCGACUGACCGGCGACGGACGCACAUGCAGCACGUAACCACUCAGGACAGACAGACGGACAGCAGCGCCCCCCGACCGGGCUCUACCAGUCGGUAGCAGCAGACUAGCUGAUUAUUAAAGUCGGUGCCAAUAUAGUGAGAUUGUGCCCAUGAACACACCGUGUCAGACGAUCCGAUGAUUCUGGUGUCACCCACGCCUGAAGUUGAGAAGUUUGACAGAGAAAACUUUGGCUGCCUGAUGAACCUGCCGGAGUCUAAAAGUGUGAAUGUGACAACCGAGUUGUUGGGAUGAACCGUCGUACGUCUGUGAGAGCGAGCGCUCUUUGGAAUAAUUGAAUGUUAAUCGUUAGAGUUUAGGUGUGUUUGUGUGUGAGCGAGCGUGAACAGCGCGCAGGCACUUCCCCAGCAGCACUGGGACCAGGAGCAGAGGAAAUCCACACUGCAGUCAGAAACGUUUCUUCUGACGUUGAAGUGAACACCAGAAUAGUUUCCGUUCAAGUGUUGAAGUUUAUUCUUAAAUACUUAUCAGCAUAUCAGAUCGCAAGUAACGUGCGCAGGUUCUGAGGUUAUUUAAGAAUCCAAGGGGAAGAAACUUUAAAAAGUAGUUCCCGUCUGCAAAUCAGUACCUCCUGUGUAUAAAGCAGAAAAAUCCAUCUCUGCACAUUUAAACCCUUUAAUGCUUAAGUGU